AUGCUACUUCGUGAAAAGGUCUGGUUUCCCUCCAUAGAUAAGAUGGUGGAACAGAAAGUCAAGAAGUGCCUGCCGUGCCAAGCAGCAACCACAGGUACCUAUCGACAUCCAGAACCCUUGAUCAUGACACCGCUGCCCGACGCACCAUGGCAAGAGGUUGCUGUUGACUUUGUUGGUCCGUUCCCAUCAGGCGAGCUGUUACUCGUUGUCAUCGACGAAUUUAGCCGAUUCCCCGAAGUAGAAAUUGUCACCACUACGAGCGCAAAAGCUGUCAUCCCAAAGCUGGAUAACAUAUUUUCCCGCCAAGGUGUUCCUGUUGUACUCAAAAGUGAUAAUGGUCCGCCAUUUAACAGCUCGGAAUUUGAACAAUUUGCCAGUUACCUUGGUUUCGAACAUCGCAAUUUCACUCCAUAUUGGCCAAAGGCCAAUGGAGAAGUGGAACGGUUUAUGCGCACCAUUGAAAAAGCCAUAUGUACAGCACAUAUCGAGAAGAAGAACUGGAAACAAGCCUUGUAUCAAUUACUCCGCCAGUACAGAGCCACACCGCACAGCACGUGGAAUGUGUCACCAUUCGAGGCCCUGAACGGUCGAAAGUUGAAGAUACCACUUCCGAGUGGUCCAAAAACUCAGCAACAAGAAACCCAAGAUCCAAUGCGAAAACGAGAUCAAGAAAAGAUGAAGAAAUACUCAGAUCUUCGACAACACUCGAAAACAACUUAUCUGAAGAUAGGAGACACAGUCCUGAUCCGCCAACCAAAGAAGAACAAGCUUACCCGUCCAUUUAACCCCAAACCAUUUACUGUUGAAGCUCGGAAAGGAACUAUGGUUACCGUCAAACGUGGUUCGUAG